GUUUUUUUCACAUUAUAUAUCAUAGAUAUUUGGCUUCUGGUGACUCAGUGGUAUCAAUGUCGUAUCAAUACUUAAUAGGAUGUACAACAAUAAGCAACAUUAUAUCCGAAACAUGCGAAGUAAUUUGGAAUAUGUUAUGUCCAGUUAGUCUUCCACGUCCUUUAACGAAAGAAGAUUGGCUACAUAUUGAAGCAAAUUUUGAAAAUCAAUGUAAUUUUCCUCAUUGUAUUGGUGCCAUUGAUGGCAAAUAUAUUGUUAUUCAAGUAUGUUUAUUAAUAGUAUUUUAAUAGUAUGUAAUCAAUAGUAUUUCAAUAGUAUUUGUCAUUGUUUAAUACAUUUGACAUUACAAAUCAUUUAGUGUUCUUUUACCUUAAAAUUUUAGCUGAAUAAGAUUGAUUAAUAAAGUACUUGCAUUUGGCUUUGCAUCUCUCUGAUACUUUUAAUUUGCAAAUUACAAACACAAUAAUUAUAAUAUACUGUACUUUCCCAGUGUCCUGCUAAUGCUGGCUCUAUAUAUUAUAACUAUAAACAGAGUCAUAGUGUUGUUUUAAUGGCAGUAUGUGAUGCCAACUAUCUAUUCACACUUGUUGAUAUUGGAACCUAUGGUAGACGCAGCGAUGGUGGUAUUUUUAAAGAAUGUCAAUUUGGUAAAAAAUUUGAACAGAAAAAAAUGAAUGUACCAGAUGCAGAGAUUGUUUCCGAAAAUGGUCCCACAUUACCAUAUUGUCUCGUUGGAGAUGAAGCAUUCCCUUUGAAAGAUUAUUUGCUUCGACCCUAUCCAGAAAGAGGCGGACUGACCAAAGAAAAAGCUGUAUUUAACUAUCGACUAUCCAGUGCUAGGCAAAUGAUUGAAAAUACAUUUGGCAUUCUCGCCUGUCAGUGGCGAACACUGAGAAAGCCAAUAAUUGCUAAAGUGGAAACUGUUGAAAAAAUUGUGCAAGCAAUUGUGUGUGUGCAUAAUUGGUUACGAAAACAGGACAUAAAUAUCAAUGAAUAUGUAACUACAAGUUUGAUCGAUCAUUUUGAUCAUAAUGGCUUUAUACCUGGUACUUGGAGAACGGUUCUUGAAAACAGUUCUGCUUAUCGUAAAAUACAACGUACAGGAUCAUAUAUGAAUGUUCGAACAAGUAUUGAAAUACGAGAACAAUUUUGUACUUAAUUUAACAACGAAGGCUCUGUACUCUUUAAGCAUUAGAACUGAUAUUUUUUGUACACAUCCCAGUGAACACAUUUUAUAGC